GGGCGGGACGCGCGAGGCAUGCCGGGAGGUGCAUUGCCCGCUAAGGGCGGGACACGCGGGGCACACCGGGAGGAGUGGCGGGAGCGCUGAGGGCGGGAGCGCUCGGGCUGGUCCCGGGGCUGAUCCCGAUCCCGGGGCCGCUGUCGCCGGUCGCGAUGCUCCGUCGGAAGCCGACGCGGCUGGAGCUGAAGCUGGACGACAUCGAGGAGUUCGAGAGCGUGCGGAAGGAGCUGGAGGGCCGCAGGAAGCAGCGCGACGAGGCGGAGGCGGCGGCGGGCGGGGAGGAGGCGGCGGCGCUCGCGCUGGGCACGGAGCACAAGAGCCGCGAGCAGCUCAUCAAUGAGCGCAUCGGUUCCUCCUUCCACCUCUGUGUCACCUCAGCUGCCCUGGUUUGUCACCCUGGGAAUGGAGCCCCAGGGACUGUUGCUGCUUGGAUCAAAAGUCACCAAGUAUUUCCUUAUGGAUGAAAAGCCCAAAGGCAGAGUGAUUUUUUCAGCACAUCCCUGGAUUUACCCCCAUCAGUGCCUGGGCUCUGGAAGGUGAGACUGGGGGCAGAGCCCCACAGAGGAGGGGACAGAGUGGCACAGAGUGUGGGGACCUGAAGGAACCAACUUAUAAAAUCUGAGCAGAUGGUGGUGUUUAGGAAACUGCUCCCUGCAGCCCUGGGACCUUCACCAGGACACUCACAGGGAAUUUAGGAGCUGUUUUCUAGAAUUUUCCAGGACAGCUCCAGUUCUGGUUUUUCAGUGUCCCAAGCAAUGCUCCAAACUGGAUUUUAGUUACACUCAGGCCUCACGUGUUGUAGAUGCCCCAAAUGUACAGAACUUAAAUGUUUAUUUUCUAGCUGGGAAGAGCCACAGCCUGGCCUGGAGCAGAGCUGCCUUUCCUGUCUGACACCACAUGGAAUGAUGGGGGGUUCUCUGCUGUCCUGGCAUUCCCAGCAGGGCCCAGUCUGAGAGGGCAACACCUCAGGAGGUUGUUACAGCUCCCUGAAUUCCUGUCCUGGAUUCUUCCCUGUCUAGGGAAGGCAGGUCUGUGAGACACCAACUCCUCUCUCCAUCACCUGCAAAGUGUGACUGGGCUGGAACAAACAGAAACUCAGCAUCAGUGACUUCCCACAUUCCCAUUCCAGCAGCUCCAGGGCGAAUUGCUCAGGCCCAGAGGACUCUGCUCCUCAUUCCCACCCCCUGAACAGGGACACUGGGCCCUGCUGCUCCCUCUGAGGAGGGCACUGAGGAUUGUCUCCAAAACACACCCCCACCCCAGUAAAAUGC